AUGGCGACCGAUUCAAGACCCCUCAAGGGCAUCCUCAAAAAGCCAGCCGAGGCCGCCCCAGAUCCCAAGAAACCCGACCCCCGCGAAAUCGCAAUCCAGCACGCCCGCAUCAUCCACCAGCGCAAAGAGCUCGAGCUCCAGAUCCUCGAAUCCAUCGCCCUCCUCUCCGAAUACCCGACAGAACGCGGCAGCCCGAAAUACUCGUCCGCAAAACCCGCCCCGCACGACGCCGCCGACUUCAAGGCCAACAUCCGCCUCUUCCAGCCCUCCGACUACGACGACCUCAUCGAGGAGCGCAACGUCAACGGCCUGUGCGGCUACACCCUCUGCGCGCAGCCGAAGCCCAAGGCAUCCAAGGGCGGCGAGUGGAGGCUCGUCAACGUCGGCAAGAGCAACUUCGACAUCGUCAACCGCCGCGAGUCCGAGAAGUGGUGCUCCAGGGAGUGCCAGCGCAGGGCGCUCUACGUCAAGGUCCAGCUGAACGAGACAGCUGCGUGGGAGCGCAUGGGCAUCCCUGACAUCGAGAUUGAGCUCUUCGGCGAGGAGAAGGCACCGGAAGACCCUGCUGCGAAAGCCGCAAGGGAUCUCGCGAAUCUUAGGCUGGAGGAGGGGAGGAGGGCGGCGGAUGAAUCCGCGACGCUUGCUUUGGAGCGAGGCCAGCAGCGUUCUGGCAAGCAAUUUACGCUGGCGAUCCGGGAGAAGGAGGUUAAGGCGCCUGUGGAAGAUGGCGUGUUUGCAGAAGACGCACAUAUGAUGGUUGAAGGUCACAGGCCAGGAGCCGGCAAAGCUCAAGCUCACGCAGAAAUGGCGCUGGUCGAGAAAAUGGCAGAAGCAGAGUCUUCGCAAUGA